GCUGCGGAAACAAAUAACAUAUUUAUUUAAUUUUUAACAGGGCAUGCAACUGGGAAAUAGUUUCUUUUUAUUUUCAUUACCGCGUGGGCAGCACAGAAGCAAAAAGAAAACUGCCAACAAAACAAAAAACCCACACUCCACACCGAAGCACCGCGCAAGCCCUACCGAGUGGCCCCGUCGUCGUCGGUGCGUGCGAGGGUAAGAAGAACAAGCAGCAGCAGCAGAACAAGAAGAAGAAGCGUAAGCAGUAAGCAGCAGAGGCAGCAGCAGCAAAAACACGGCAAUAACACCGUGUCCGCCGCCACAAUUACAAUUUUGGCAGAGCAGCAGCAGCCACUGUGACCGCGUCAUGAGCGUGGACACGUAUGCGCCCAGCUCGGCGCUGUCGUUCCUGGACAUGGACGACAACGAGCUGAUGCCCGGUGCUGACACCCAGCCGACCCAGUACGACUACCGUGACUUCACCAUGCCCUCGAACUCCCAGAGCCAGACGCAGGGCGAGCUGAUGGAAAUAAGUCGUCGUCGCUCGGUGGGUGAAAUGCAUCCACGUUUGGCCAGCAUCACAAACGAUCUCGGAGACUUGCAGUUCGAGGAGGAGGACGAUGAGCAUGGCGGCUCGUAUGUGAAGGAGCUGCCGCCGCAUGCCUGCAAGUACUGUGGCAUCCAUGAUCCGUCCACUGUGGUCAUGUGCAACAACUGCAAGAAAUGGUUCUGCAAUGGUCGUGGCAGCACCUCUGGCUCCCACAUCAUCAAUCAUCUGGUGCGCGCCAAGCAUCGCGAGGUGACGCUCCAUGCCGACGGUCCCCUGGGCGAGACCGUGCUCGAGUGCUACUCGUGCGGCGUACGCAACGUCUUCGUGCUGGGCUUUAUACCAGCCAAGGCCGAUUCCGUGGUGGUGCUGCUCUGCCGCCAGCCAUGUGCGGCCCAGAACUCGCUGAAGGACAUGAACUGGGAUCAGGACCAGUGGAAGCCGCUGAUAGCCGAUCGCUGCUUUCUGCCCUGGCUGGUGAAGCAGCCCAGCGAGCAGGGCCAGCUGCGUGCACGCCAAAUCUCGGCGGCGCAGAUCAACAAGCUGGAGGAGCUCUGGAAGGACAACAUCGAUGCCACGUUCCAGGAUCUGGAGAAGCCAGGCAUCGACUCGGAGCCCUCUCAGGUGCUGCUGCGCUACGAGGAUGGCUAUCAGUACGAGAAGACAUUCGGCCCCUUGGUGCGCCUCGAGGCCGACUACGACAAGAAGCUGAAGGAGUCGGCCACCCAGGAGAACAUCGAGGUGCGCUGGGAUGUGGGCCUCAACAAGAAGACCAUCGCCUACUUCACCCUGGCCAAGACCGACUCGGACAUGAAGCUGAUGCACGGCGACGAGCUGCGUUUGCGCUACGUGGGCGAGAUGUACAGUCCGUGGAACGAGAUCGGACAUGUGAUUAAAGUGCCUGACAAUUUUGGGGACGACAUCGGCCUGGAGCUGAAGUCCUCCACCAAUGCCCCGGUCAAGUGUUCCAGCAACUUUUCGGUGGACUUCAUCUGGAAGUGCACCUCCUUUGACCGCAUGACACGCGCCCUACGCAACUUUGCCAUGGAUCGCACUUCGGUGUCGAAUUUCAUUUACUCGCGUCUGCUGGGCCACGGCCGACCCGAUGCCAAUGAUGAUGUGCUCUUCCGCGGCGUCCAGCCCAAGCUGUUCAGUGCCCCCAACUUGCCGGACCUCAAUCGCAGUCAGGUGUACGCCGUCAAGCAUGCCCUGCAGCGCCCUCUGAGCCUUAUCCAGGGCCCCCCGGGCACUGGCAAGACCGUGACCUCUGCCACCAUUGUGUACCAGCUGGUGAAGCAGCACGGGGGCACUGUGCUGGUGUGUGCCCCCAGUAACACGGCCGUCGAUCAGCUCACAGAGAAGAUCCAUCGCACCAACCUGAAGGUUGUGCGCGUCUGUGCCAAGAGCCGCGAGGCCAUUGACAGUCCGGUCAGCUUUCUGGCUCUGCACAAUCAGAUCCGCAGCAUGGAGACCAACACGGAGCUGAAGAAGCUGCAGCAGCUCAAGGACGAGACUGGAGAGCUCAGCUCGGCGGAUGAGAAGCGCUACCGCAAUCUGAAGCGCGGCACCGAGAACCAACUGCUGGAGGCUGCCGAUGUCAUUUGCUGCACCUGCGUGGGCGCCGGCGAUGGCCGCUUGUCGCGCAUCAAAUUCACUUCCAUUUUGAUUGACGAAUCCAUGCAGUCCACAGAGCCCGAGUGCAUGGUGCCCGUGGUGCUGGGCGCUAAGCAACUGAUUCUCGUCGGCGAUCACUGCCAACUGGGGCCAGUGGUCAUGUGCAAGAAGGCCGCUCGCGCGGGCCUCUCGCAGAGUCUGUUCGAACGUCUGGUGGUGCUGGGCAUACGCCCCUUCCGCCUCGAAGUGCAGUACCGCAUGCACCCAGAGCUGUCGCAGUUCCCCUCGAACUUCUUCUACGAGGGAUCGCUUCAGAAUGGCGUCUGUGCGGAGGACCGACGCCUCAAGCUGGACUUUCCGUGGCCACAGCCAGAGAGGCCAAUGUUCUUCCUCGUCACUCAGGGCCAGGAGGAGAUUGCCGGCUCGGGCACAUCGUUCCUCAAUCGCACUGAGGCUGCGAAUGUGGAGAAGAUUACAACGCGCUUCCUAAAGGCGGGCAUCAAGCCCGAGCAGAUUGGCAUAAUCACCCCCUACGAGGGACAGCGGGCGUAUCUUGUGCAGUAUAUGCAGUAUCAGGGCAGCCUGCACUCGCGCCUCUACCAGGAGAUUGAGAUUGCCAGCGUGGAUGCGUUCCAGGGACGCGAGAAGGACAUCAUCAUUAUGUCGUGUGUGCGCUCCAAUGAGCGCCAGGGCAUUGGCUUCCUCAACGAUCCGCGACGCCUGAAUGUGGCCUUGACCCGUGCCAAGUAUGGCAUCAUUAUUGUCGGCAAUCCCAAGGUCCUGGCCAAGCAGCAGCUGUGGAAUCACCUGCUCAACUUUUACAAGGAUCGCAAGGUGCUCGUGGAGGGCUCACUGAACAAUCUCAAGGAGUCGCUGAUCCACUUCCAGAAGCCCAAGAAGCUCAUCAACACCAUGAACAUGGGCGCCCACUUCAUGUCCACCAUGGUGGCCGACGCGAAGGAGGUGAUGGUCCCGGGCUCUAUCUACGACCGCAGCGGCGCCUACAAUCAGAACCGUCCCAUUGCCAGCUCCAAUCAGAUGCAUCAGCAGAACGGCGGCAACUUUGGGAGUCCCUAUCAUAGCUCGCCUCUGGGCUAUGGGGCACCCAGCGGCAGCAAUGCUGGCGCCAUGCUCAAUGCUGGCUCAAGCAUGGCCCCAGGCGGCGGAGGAGGCAAUGGCAAUGGCGGUGGAGGUGGAAAUGGCAACAACAACUACGGCAACAGCAGCACCUCGGGUGGCAAUGGCGGCGGCACCGGAGGCGGCAGUUGGGCCACUGCACAGCAGCCACUCAUGCAGCACGAUUCGAUCAGCUACAUAUCGAACGAGCACGGUGCGGCGGCCCUCAGCAACAUGCCAGUGCCAGUUGGGAUGUUCAUGAAUAUGAGCAACCUGCCACCGCGCUUCUACAAUCAGCAUCAGCAGGCCAUUUCGGCGGCCAAGCAGAACCGUGGCCUGCCGCCGCCAUCGACCACGGCAUCGUCGUCGACGGGUGGCAAUUAUAACAUCGCUGUGGGUCCAGGCAAUGGACCAAAUCCUGGGCCAAAUGUUGGCAAUGGCUCAGCCAGCAGCAGCAGCAACCACUUGGUGAGUGGCGGGGGCAGCAAGAAGAAGUUCGCAAAGAAUCGUGGCGGUGGGGAACAGACCGGCAGUGGCAUUGGGACACCCUUUAGCCAGCAGCCGGCCACGAUGUCCCUGCAGAUGACCCAACCGGGUGGAUAUACGCUGUCCCAACAGCCAGAAAUGUCUCAGGAUUAUGGACAGAUCUCGCAAAUGGAUGGACUGCUCUCCCAAGAUGUGUCCCUCAGUGUGUCGGGCGAACGCAGUUUGAAUCAGUUCUCGCAGCCUUAUUGAGAAUCCGGCAAGAGGAGCAACAAGAUCCACAGACGAAUGAAUACCAGAAAUUACCAGCGAAACAAAUACGAAACAUCCAACAGAAACAACAAAAAACACUCAGCUUUUUGGAAGACAACAAACAAAUGGAGAGGCAGGAGGCAGCAGCUGCAGGCAGCAGAAAGCGGAAAGCAGGAGAAUCAGAUGAAUAGCAUACGAUAACCGGAUACUUAGAACACCAUUUUUGGGAACACGCAUGAUUCAGAGUGGGAAGCCAAGAGGCCAGCGACCACACACACGCGAUUGGGGGAAAGAAAGCAGCGCAGACACAGCAGACAGAAAGCAGACACAGCGGCCGCCGCAGCUACUCAAUAUUUAUUGGAGUGAAAUGCAACGGAGACGGACCUGAAACUGCGGCGACGUUUCCAGCGAUAAACGCGCCAAAAACUUGCAGUUGGGGGCAGGCCACAAACACACAUAAAAGUGGGCCACAAAGGACCUUGCCAACCCCCCACCACCCGUACACUUUGCGUACACAAAACGAUGAAGGAUGACGAUGACGAUGCCCUGUCGACAACGAUAGGUUUUUUUUCAACACUGCUCCACGGGCGGACUGUUUUGCGUGGAACAACCAAACUCCCCCAACCCGCCUUAAGGACACGAAUUGCAACACGAAUUAUUUGUUGCGGCUCACCUUCAGUACAAUUCUUCAGCUCCUUCUGAUCC